GUUGUUAUCAGUUCCAACUUCUGACGGUUAUCGGCGCACGUGUUCACUUGGAAGUACUGAGCGACAGUUUCACAUACGCCUUCAUCUGCCCAAUGGCACUGUUUUCCCACUCUCCGCUGCGGUUGAUUUUCAAAACCAAGGUGCCACUUGCGUCGUUGUUUCACACGUUCCUUCGAGCUCAUGGACGUCCAAAUUCUCGAAUUACUGGGAUAUGUUGGGAGCAUGUGAGCUUACCAUCCGGUAGAAAAACACUUUCUGGAUUUAGAAUGCUUUGUACUGGCGAAGAUUUGUCAGCUAAAAAAUGUGUGCCUUGCAACUCAAAUGACUUGCGGCCAAUGACCGAGGAUGCAGCUAAACAUCUGAUUCAAGAGCUAGCUGAGUGGCACCUGAUAAACGAAGAUGGUAAACUAAAGUUGAACCGAUCAUUGAAGGUGAAGAGUUUUCUUAAAGGAAUGGAGUUAUUUAAACUUAUAGCUGAAGUUGCAGAAGCAGAGGGCCAUCAUCCUGAUCUUCAUCUAGUUGGAUGGAACAAUGUAACAAUUGAGAUCUGGACACAUGCAGUAGGUGGGCUGACAGAAAAUGACUUCAUACUCGCUUCCAAGAUCGAUAAGCUUGACGUUCAUAACCUACUCAGCCGGAAAGUUUCUAUUAGCAGUCAACAUGACUGCUGAGCAGGAACCAACCAUUCAUGCAUCCGUCCAAUGUUCUUGUUUAUUUUCACGUAUGUUGUUCUAUGGCGAGAUCUUCUGGUUGUCUCUUCUUUUGUUGCACGUUGUUUCAAUUCUGUUUUGCCUAUGGAAAAAUUAUUAUUUUUUGGGGUUUAAUGAAUAGUUUUGAUUCUUUGAUUGGUUUGGCA